AGUGCACGUUCGUGUGGGUGUUCUGUCAUCUCGAAGGCCACCCACGUCUUCGUCGCAACUGCAAGACUGCUGGUGCUUACUGCGUCACCUCACCUCACAUACACGCACACACACGAAAGAAAUAGUUUAAAAACAUUACGAGUCUUACCAAGACACUUAUUGUAGUUGCCACUUGUUGCUCUACGCUGUCGUCUUCCAAUUCCUCCCCCCCCCCCUCCUCCAAAAAAGAAGAGUCAAGAUAAACACCAGGACGUUUUUUGUUCUUCGUCGUCCUGUCGCGCUCUCCUUUUCACACGUACGGUCUCCCGGUGCGAGGGCAGGUUUCUGCCUAUUUGCUUUCUCUUCUCAUAUUUGUGCUGCGUGCGCACGUCGGCGUCUUCCAGAAGUGCGAAAGGUCAGAUGUCUCGUUGUGCGUGAUUUUUUUUCUCUGCUUUUGUGCACGAUUGAGCUCUUGUCUUUCAGGUCAUUAACUCGAAACGGUGUGCGAUAAGUGUUGGUCAGAGACACAGAUUCGGGUGGAGAUUCACUGGCACCUCACUCUCAGAGGGAGCAGAGAAGCGCAGACACGACGAGUAGCUCGCCGCUUUCACGCGGAAAAUUGUCUCUUUGUUUUUUCUGUGCAGCUUUCUUUUUUGUUUUAGUAUGACCGCUCAUGUUCCAGUGAUGUCGCGACCGUCUGCGUCGCCGCUGACGCCGCCCGACGCCUCCGCAUCCGCAUCCGCGGCGCUGAAGGCACAAGACGAAACGUUCAAGCUGUACGUGCGACGCCUGGUGCUGAUCGACACGGCCGAGGACAACCAUCAGUGGGCGACGCGUGCACGGCGGCAGUGGGGCGGUGGGAAGCCGAUCUUCGCGACCGUCAGCAACAAGCUCAAUGAGCACGGGUCGACCCCACCGCAGAGGAUCGUCUUUGGUCGUGCGCAGCAGGCACAGCUGCAGAGGUGGAGUGGGAUUGAAUGGCCGGAUGCGGCCGGCAUCGCGGUCCCGCUGGAGGACGACCCUGUGCUGAUGCUCGAGGUGGCCGUCAUGAAGGCGAACAAGAAGAGCGUGCUGGGUCUCGGCCUCAUGAACGCGCAGGCGAUGUUGACGGAGAACCGGCAGUACGCCAAGUACACCGUCCACGUCCUCCCGACCCACGCCGCCAUCGACGCCUCAACAGUGCACGCCGUGGCGGAAAUAGAGAUCCACAGCAGCCUGCUAGACGAGCCGCCUGACUUCAAUUUUACCCCAUUGGAGUACAACUACGGCACGGUGCGUGUGUCGACGGUAGACUUCUACUACCCGUCCUUCUUCCUGACCGGUACGGGGGAGUACAUUGUGUCGAACGUGCUCUGCGCCAUGAACAUGACCGAGUCUAGCUCGCUCGCCAUGCAGCUGGUGCCGCUGCGGUCGGCGGCGAACUACAUCGCGACGGAGCCUUCGCAGGUGAUCACAGUGCGCCCGCAACAGCGUGUGUACUUCAGCGCCACCUGGGCCCUGACCAACAAGGCGUGCAUGAAGACGUUAGAGAUGCAGUUAACGGUGAACGGGUCGCAGCAGCCCUCUGCGCCGGUGAUCAUCAAGGUGCACAACCAAGUCCCGCAAGUCUCCGGCGCCACCGACCUCCCGUUUCACUACUGGGUCAACACAACGUGCGUUACGAACCGUCAAAUGCUGCCGUCACAGGAGCUGCCCUUGAUCCACGCCACACUGCCUGUGUAUCGCUUCAUUAGCCGCAGCGCCCCUGUGGACCAAAGUGAGGGCAUGAUUGUCGCCUUCGACAAGGAUAAAGGCGAGCAAGUACUGGUGCGGGCCAACGGCGUUCCUGUGACAAUGGGCCGGCUCUACGGCGGCAAUGACGCCCAGUCGCCGUCGCAGCCGCAGGCAUCGCAGCUGCCUUUCAACUUGUCGAAAACGGCUGCAGGUGCGCUCUCCGGGUGGGAGAACCUGGACCCCGGCGCGAUUGGUGAGUUAGCCUCGCAGUUUGGAUUCGACACGAAUGCGUCCUUUGUGGUGCGAGACACCCGUGUCGGCAACCCCUUUCCUUCGCGGGGGCCGCUGCUGAACCUCUCGCAGAAGACAUGUCUGUGCACCAUCGUCCUCGGCACCAUUCGGGGCUUUCCGAUGGUGUACGAAACCACCACCGGUGUCUCGCCGUCCUUCCAGGUGAGCGUGACGCUGCUGGAUCAGCGCGGGUGGCAGGUUGUGCAUGGCGAGACGCUGCCGAGUUACCACAGCGCCAGCGGCAGUCUGCGGUGGACGGAGCAGUUGGUGCUGCGCAAGUGGCCAGGGGCGAUGCCGCAGCAGUUCGUGCGGCUGAACCUGACCGAGGUGCGACCCCGCGACGGCGACGAAACCCCGAUUGGUGCGGGACUGAUCUCUCUCCCGUCCAUGCAGCGCAUCUACGCGCAGAACCCGUUAAGCGUAGCCUUCUACGUGUACGAGACGUACUCGCUGUAUGAUCAACUGAAUUCUUCGUCGCUUCUCAUGAAAGACGUCAACGUCAUAUUUUCCGAGUUGCGGUAG